UGUUUCCUCCCAAAUUACUUAAAGUUUAUUACCUUGAACUUCGUUACGAUGUGAACACGUUGAAUUUGAUUCAAAACCUCAGUUUAGUUUUGAUAAAUUGGUGACCAAGACCAAGUGUCCUUCAGCAGCUAAUAGAAGAAUAAUAAGGAGAAUUAAAGUCACAACAUAUACAUUCCUGAUUGGACGCGAGCUUCCCGCCGUAAGUCACACCGAUGGUGGGGGUUCAGGCUCGACCAAUCGUGAACAUUGAUUUUCCACGUUCUACUCGCUGUUCUUCUUCCUGUCAAAACCACCUGCACUUUUCCCGAUAUAUUUUUUUAAAUUAAAAAAUAGAGAAAUAUAACUGCGAAAUAUAGCCGUUAAAUUUUAAAAUAUUGUUAUUAAUGAACCUCAAAGUAUUUUCUCGUGAUUUAUUUUUACGGGUGAAGUUUAUUUAUUUAUCGGGUACAAUAAAUUUUGUUGGCAAUCGUGUUUCACAUAUUUAUGCCGCUUAACCUCACUUUUUUUGUCGUCGUUUAAGUCAAUCAACAACAAACAUUUAUAAUAAUUUAUUUUACCUCGUAUGCUAUCUAAAGUAUAGUCUGCUCCGUGAGACAAACAUUCGUUUUUCUCCGUGGAGCCAAGCAGUUAUGUCUACACCAAAUCUUUCAGCUACAUCACAGCCCCCUCUCAUGCCCUACCCUGUUCCCAACGCUCACAACGGCAAUGGAGGACCUGCUUUUUUUAUGUGCCCAUGUGGGUCUGCUACAACUGUUGAUCCUCCAGGGAAGCAUAAAGUGGACUGCCCAGCUCGUAUGCUUACACUAAUACGUCAAAAUAAGGAGAUGAACGUAGGUGUUCGAGAGGAUAGAGGCACACAACCUCAAGAAGGGGGCACUAACCCCACCUACUUUUCACUACAAACCCAACCAGGAUCUACCCAAGAAGGUCGUGCUGAAAGUACUUUGCCUCAAGACAUUACUGAAACAAAUGGGAAACCAUAUGUUUGCAAUAUAUGUGGGAAGCAAUGUGACAGCAAAGGUUUUCGCCGCCAUGUUCUCUCCCACUCGCAGGACAGGCCUCAUAUGUGCCCAGAGUGUGGUGACAGUUUUGCUCAAAAUAGUGCUUUGCAGAGGCAUAUUAUGUCUCACACUGGAGAAAAACCAUUUAUCUGUGGCAUCUGUGGAGAGGGUUUUAAGGUCAACUAUCAUUUGAAAAGACACUACAUGGUACAUACUGGCUUGCGUCCCUACUCCUGCAGUGAUUGUGGAGAGAAAUUCUCUCGAAACAGUCACCUUAAACGUCAUGCCAUGAUUCACUCUGGUGAAAAACCUUUCCCAUGUGACCAAUGUGGUAAAAAGUUUUUAAACUCCAACCAUCUCAAGAGACACCUUAUGACACACUCUGGUGAAAAACCUUAUGUAUGUACUGAAUGUGGGGAAAAGUUUACACGUGGUAGUCACCUGAAACGUCAUUUACUGUCUCAUUCAGGUGAAAAACCUUUUAAGUGUGAUGAGUGUAAUCAGAUGUUUGUUGCCCUUGAAAGCUUGAGAAGGCAUCAUUUAACCCACUCUGGAGAAAAACCUUUUUCAUGUGAGGUGUGUGGGAAACGGUUUAUGGACAGCAACCAUUUAAAAAGACACUUGACCGUGCAUGAUGUAAAACCAUUUAUACCUACUCCUGAAAAGGUCCAAGCCAUAACUGAAGCGCCUGAUAUUAAACCUAUGAUCUUAUGAUAAGAAUGACCUAUGAGUUGUCAAAAGUCUGUUGACUCUUUAAAUGUGAACAUUCUGUCUAGUUAAUUAACAGCAUGCAUUUCAAAAAAAAUUAUACAUGUUUCAAAAGAUGCUUUUCACACCCGGUAAUGUUUUUAUUUUCCAAUGUUCAUACCUUAGUUUGAUUUCUGUUGACUCAAAACUAUUUGUGGUUUGUGGUCAAUCCUUUGUGUUCACCACUUCAGUUUAGGCAGGCAAUAUCAGUGUAAAACUUUUCUUGUCGUGUAAUUGUAAAUCUAGUGGUAGGAUUUCUUGCUGCUUUCCUAUUUAUUAAAUGGUGUAAAAAUAUUUUUACAUGUGAAGCAAUAACUGUGGUUCUCUUGGUAGUGGGUUACCGUGGGAGAAAAAUGUGUACAUAAUUUUAUUGAAAUGUCCUGUACAUAGUUGAAAGGAAAAUAUAUCCCCCAAAACAUUUAA